GCGCGCGAGCAAAUUUGCUUACUCGCAAACUUCGUACCUGCAUUCGUGACGUAUUUCUCAGAUUUAAAUGUUCUCUGUCGGCACAAAUAUAUAUAUUACCUAAUACGUAUAACUGGUAUUAUGGAAUAAAGUUAUCCAACUAGUUUCCUUGCUUAGUGUCCGAGCCGUCGUGAGAGACGGUCGCGCGGUGUCCGAACAGUAAACAUGAAUAUAGUACUCAUAUUGUGUGUCUUCGCGGUUAGUGCAAGCUUUGCGAGUGGACAGACGUGUACACUUCCAAACAACGAUAAAGGUACUUGCAAGAUCUUAGGCGAGUGCGAGGCGGUGAAAAAAAUUUUCGACAAGAAAAUUAAAACAAUCCAGGACGAGAAUUUCCUGAGGGAUACUAACUGUGGAUAUGAAGGGAAAACACCAAAGGUGUGCUGUCCUGAGUCAGAGAAGUUCUCCUGCCUGACGCCCAACAGCAAGCCAGGGGAGUGCGUUAACAUACAGAAGUGCACACACCUCGCCGAGAUACAGGAUGAUCCACUUAAUGAAGAGGAGAAGGUGUUCCUCAAGAAUUCUGUUUGCGCCGGCCCUGAAGAAAACAGCGUCUGUUGCGGCCCAGAAGUAUCGUCAGCAGUUCCUGCCAAAAAUGUACCGGUGACUUGUGAACAAUCAGCGUUUCCCCCGGACCCUGACAGCGACUGCUGCGGCUUGGACUCCAGCGUGAGUGAUAGAAUCAUUGGUGGCACCGCAACUGGCAUCAACCAGUACCCUUGGCUAGUGAUAAUAGAAUACGCCAAACUGGAAACAUCGAGACUGUUGUGCGGCGGAUUCCUCAUCAGCAACAAAUACGUCCUCACCGCGGGUCACUGUGUCAAGGGACCUAUUCUGGAAGCGGGAACGCCCAAAUUCGUUCGUCUCGGAGAAUACAACACGACGAAUGAGGGACCCGACUGCGUUUCGAAAAGUGGGGGCCAACCAGAUUGCAACCAAGGCAUUUUACGGGCACCAAUAGAUGAGAUCAUACCUCAUCCAGACUACUUGAAGCCAAACAAUAUUUACGGACAGCACGAUAUAGCCCUCAUCAGGCUCAGGGUCUGGGCACCUAGAACAGAAUUCAUCCGUCCUAUUUGCCUGCCGAAGAUGGAUUACACACUGUCGCUGCCAGCAAAUUUCAAGUUCCUAGUCGCCGGUUGGGGGGUACAUUAUCAAGAUUUUGAAUAUAGAAUAUUCGAAACAAGUGAAGUAAAGCUGCAUGUUGAUGUACCCUAUAUUACUCGUGAAGACUGCCAAGAGAAAUUGCGGAACUUAACAGACCUAUACAUAUUAUCUAACGGCAGAAAAGUUCCUGUUAAUGUAACUGUGUGGAAUGGACAGCUUUGCGCCGGUGGCGUAGAGGGUAAAGACUCCUGCAAAGGUGACUCCGGCGGUCCUCUGAUGUAUGAGAAGGAGAGAAAGUACACAGCUGUAGGGAUGGUCAGCUAUGGGUCGAGCAAAUGUGGGAGGCAGGACAUUCCCGCUAUAUAUACAAACAUUUACGCCUAUCUCCCGUGGAUCAAAGCUACAUUAAAGGAAUAAGAAUAACAGAUAUCUUCGGCUGUACUUUAUUCAUAAGUAAAAGUCAAAACUAAUAACUAUCAGCUGUUUCCAAUAAUCCCAAUCUCGAUCUUCAAUCCGAUUUCGAGAAUGAACCAAUUAAAAUAACUCAUUUGUAAAAAUGUCAAAAAAUCUUUGUUUUGAUUGGUCAAUCAUUGAGACAGAUCGAAAAAAGCGAUUGGGAUCGUAUAUUGAAAACUAGCUCUUGUCCGCGGCACCGCUCGGAUGAUAAAGUUUUCGGGCUAAAGUUUUCGUUAUAAAAGUCACGCUAUAUAUUUUCCUGGGAUAGAAAGUUGUCAAUAUUCUUUGCAGGGUGCUCAAACUAUCUUCAUACCAAAUUUCAUCUAAAUCAGUUGGGAUGUUUUUGGGUUUAACCCGUCAGACAGGCAUACAGAUGCAGCGGGGGACUUUGUUUCAUAAUACAUUCCUUAGAACUUUUUAAGAGUAACAAUUCCGUCAUACGUAUUUCUUUCGUUUAAACCGUUUACUCAGCGCACGCAACGGAAGCUCUCAAGAGUAAUAACAUUUUCCCCGUUUUUGCAAUUUUUUUAUUGAUGCACUACUACAAUUGGUCAUAGCGUGAUGUUAUGAUAUAUCCUUCCUCGAUAAAGGAGUUUUCCAACACUAAAACAAUUUAUCAAUUAGAACCUAUAAUUCCUAAGAUUAGCGCGUUCAAACAAAUAAACAAAUUCUUUAGCUUUCUAUAAUUGUAUAGAUAAACAAAUGAUAAUAAAUGAAUAGCCUUUUCACACCUGUAUGUGUUUAUUGUAUUUUUUUUGUCUUUACUGGUGGCAGGUCUCUCACAGAGAGUUCGCCUGGUUAGGUACAGCCACAAUGUCUAUUUCUACCGCCAAGCAGCAGUGUGUGUAAUAUUUGUUAUUAUAGAACUCAUUUGUAAUGUGGUACAUACUGUUUUGUUGUUUUGUAUUAAUGGUUUAAGUUUAUGCGAAUGACAUUAAAAUGAUUUUAAAGAUGGAA